CGUUUAGAAAGUUGACUCAGUCUGGGGAGAACCUUUUACCUGAAUAUCAAUAUCGCAUAAAAAUGACAGUGCCAAAUAUUCGGAUAUUCAAGUGCAUUGCUGAUCUCCGCAAGUUUCGGAAAGAUUGCUGGAUCAAGGAUUUGUCUGUUGGAUUUGUUCCUACGAUGGGAUAUCUUCACGAGGGACAUCUUUCUCUGGUCCGCCAAUCGCUCGAGCAAAAUGACGUUACCUUGGUAUCCAUUUUUGUGAAUCCAUCGCAAUUCGCACCCCAUGAAGAUCUGGAUGCCUAUCCGCGCAACAUUGAGCGCGACCUUCAACUUCUGGAGUCCGUCGUUUCCAAGGACAGGGCCCGUAAGGUAGCCGGGGUUUUCACUCCGUCCGUUAAAGAGAUGUAUCCAAGUGGCAUUCCUCUUGAGACUAGCCAGCAGAAAGGAGCCUUUGUGAGCGUGUACGGAGUUUCCGAACAACUAGAAGGCCGCGCUAGACCUCAGUUUUUCAGAGGUGUGGCUACCGUUGUCACUAAACUGUUCAAUAUUGUGGAGCCCACAAAUGCAUAUUUUGGACAGAAGGACGCCCAGCAGUCUAUUGUUAUCAAAAGAAUGGUGUCAGACUUGUUGUUCAACGUCCAAAUCCAUGUUGUUGAUACUGUGCGUGACAAGACGGGUUUGGCCCUGAGCUCGAGAAACUCCUAUUUGAGUGAUGAAGUGAGAAAACAGGCCAGUGUAUUGUACCGCUCCAUGACAGAUGCUCGCUCACAGUACGCAGCCAACGGCAAUUUGACCGCUGGAGAGCUGAAAGCCAGCAUCGAAAAGACCAUUGUUGGUGAAAACGACAAGUUCGAAAUCGAUUACGUCGCAUUCAAUUACGCGGACACCCUCGAAUAUGUUCCUGAAGAUGCCACCAUCGACAAGGACCGAGAAUGUCUUUUGAGUCUGGCCGUGAGAGUUCCGAACAGCAACACCGCAAACAGCGGAACAACCCGUCUUAUUGACAACAUCGUGUUCACGAAAUGAGUUUGCGUUGCUCCUCGAUGAGCCUUGCGAAGUCACGUUCUCUGCGGGCCUGAUUCUCUCUGGAUGUGAUGCCUUUCUCCUUAGCAGCAUAAAAUAUCUCGCCGAACUCGCACAACCACUCUCCAUCAACUGCCGUUACGUAGUUCAUGUAUUCGCGACCGGUUAAUAAGAGCUCAUGGUAAAUGACAUAUUUGGGCAAGUCGCCCAUGCCGUAAAGAGAAGCCGUCGGGUGCAGCUUCAUCUGCAGUCCGGUCCGCAAAUUGACGUACUCACCAUGCUUUUUAAACUGAGCAGCUUGGUGAAAAAAGGAAGCACACAAACACUUCCUGAUCACAUCCCAGUCGGGAUUGCUCAGAAUGGCCAGUUUCUGCGAUUUCAUGAUCUGGCUCAACUGCGAAUGAAUCUCGAUUGCGCGUCGGAGCGACUUGUACUGUAGAAAGUUUUUGGAACACCAGCUUUCUUUGCAACCAUUCGACUUGAACAGGUUAAAA